AUGAACAAAACUCAUCCCCAGAAAGGUGAAGUUUGUGUGGCUGUGGGAUUCUGUAAAUCCCUUUUAUCCCUUUCCUUCCAGAGAAACGGUGAUGUAGCUACUUUUGGUUCAACAGAGUCCUUCUCUGGAAAAAAAGGGUGCUGCCAUGGCUGUGGUGCCCGCCCUGGCUGCACACAGAGGCGCCUCUGCAUCUCUGCCCUAGCGCUGCUCGUCCUCGCGGCCGCCGUGGCCUCGGUGGUGGCAGCCCUGGCACUCCUGCCACGGGCACCAGUGAACCGCCUCUGCACAGCCCCUAAUAACAGGACAGGCUUCCUGUGUGACGACAGAGUGACUUGUGUCCCUGCCAGCUGGGUCUGUGACAGAGUCAGCAACUGCAGGAACGGAGAGGAUGAGCAGGAGCAGCUCUGUGGUGACUUGCCCCACAGCCUCCCAGGAUAUCUGGUUUUCUACUGCAGCAACCCCAGAUCCUGGGUUUAUGCUGACCAGAGGUGUAAUGGGAUGAACGACUGUGGGGACUGCUCUGAUGAAUCGUGGAGCUCAGCUGCCUGUCCCCCGUGUGGGCAGGAGUGGUGGAGCUGCAUCUCCGUGCACUUCGAGUUCUGCUCCUGCAUCCCCCGGAGGCUGUGCCGGGACGGAAUCCAGCACUGCCUGGGCUGGUCCGACGAGUUCCUCUGCCCAGCCUGAAUCCUGGUGCCCAUCCCUGCUGGGGACAGCAGGGCGCUUCCCACACCUCACCCUGGAGCCUCGGGUCCUGCCAUGCCACCUGCUUGGGGAGCUCCAGGCCGAGCAAAUCCCCCUCAUAGCACAGGGACAGCAACAGAUCCCCCUCACAGCACAGUGACCCCGACAGAUCCCCCUCACAGCGCAGUGACACCAGCAGGGCCUGUGGCAGCGCUCUGCUGGACACUGGCUGUGGGACAGCUGCCAGGAGGCUGUGCCAUGUCAAGGGGACAUUUCCUUCAUGGGCAGCACUGGGUUGGAUGCUGGGCUGGGGAGGCUUCACCAGCCAUGGCUGGCACUGCCUGGCCAGGGGUUCCUCCUCUCUGGACAUCCCGGAGCCUCUGCAGGCCGCCACACUGAGAGCUGCCCCAAGCAGCAGGAGCUGAGUGAGGCUCCAUAGGCCCGAUCUUCACUGGUUCUUCUGUUUGUGCUCAGAACACAUCUGCAGGUGCUUUCAGCAGUGGCUUUGAGGGCUCUGUGCUGUUGCUCCUUGGACACUUCCUUGGGAAUGCUGUGCUGGGAGUGACACUGUGACACUGUGGGGAGCUGCUGCUCAGGCCACCUCCUGCUCUCUUCUCAAACCAUGAAGGCCAACACAGAAGGUGAAAUUGCAUGGAAAACUGGAGAAGUUUCAGGGUUUGGGGGGAUAAAGCAUGUCCCUGUGACAGAGUAGCUGUCCCUGAGAGCCAGGGCAGAGAACCACCAUAAAUAAAUAACCUGCUCUUCACUGAGGGCUGUGCAGUUUUGCAGCAGCAGGCUGAGAACAUCCAUGGAGCUGGGAUGGGUCUCACUGAAGCUGGCAAAAAAAGGUGGAAAAGGAAGUGUCAGCCUUGGAGCAGAGAGCAGCAGAAAAUCGAGUGCUGCUCCCAGGGUGGUGUGGGAUGACACUGGAUCUGUUUGCUGCUUGUUUUGUUCCUCUGCCAGCAGGGCACAGUCAGGCAGCCAAGCCUUCCAAGCAGUCCUCAGGAUAUAGGUGUGGACAUGACACUGAAAUGGAACAAGAUGAGGUUUUCUCUGCUCUUUUGAAAAUCUCAUCUGUGUCUAAAACAUGGAGGAAAACCCCACAUUUACAGUGAGUACUCUUACUUUUCUAGGUCCAAAAAAACUCCAUGAGGUGAUCUUCUUCCCUUUGCCACCUCAGGUCAUAGAUAUUUAAAAAUAAACCCCUGUUCCCUCAUUUCUUCUCAGUCCUGUGAUCUGCAGCUCUGCCUGUCACUGUAACUCAGAUCAAUGGUGAAUGUUGCUUGUAAUUUGUCACUGGGAUACAGCUGGAAAUCUGAGAGAUCUUCUUAUAAAUAGCUUUACAGUAUUGUGACUCACACUCUGCCUGGAAUGAGAUGGCAAAACUCUGCACAGGGGAAAGGCAAAGCUGCUUUUACUCACCUGUCUCUCUCCAGGCCUGGCCAGGGUGCACAACUUGUUUUCUGUGCCCAUAAAAUGUCAUCCAAGUGCAGUAAGGAUUGAACUAAUCAGCUGUUAAAAAUAUAUAUAGGAACCCUCAUGUGUAGGGCCCAGGUAAUGGGUUUGGUAAAAUUAGGAUUGGUUGAAAAAUAUGCAUCUCUCCAUGGUCAGAUCAGCAUAUCUCCAGUGGUGGAAGGGAUGGCCAAAAAUUCCAUGGUGGCAAUUGCACCAGAGACAGCUUGAGGGGGAAGAUUGCACAUCUUCCUCCCCACUGAGCCACUGUUUUGAAGCACAAUUUGUGCCAUAAUUUGUCUCAGCAGAGACCUGAUGUAGUUGUCAGGGGAAGGUAUUAAUAGCCUUGAGUUUCUGGGAAAAGAAAUUAGGAUUUGAAUGCAAGUGUGCCUGUUUUGUUUGUGUGUAGUCCUUUUUUGAGGAAAAUUCAGCAGUAAGGAAAAGACAAAGGGGUUUUGUUCUUGAUGCAUUUCUGAGCUGAAGUUCAUUUUCUUGGCCUCUUCAUGGUUUCCAAGGAUGUGCUGCUUUUUCUUGGUGAUGAAUUAUGGUAGACAACAGUGUAAAAGGAAGAAGCACUAUAGGGGAAACCUGGAGAAAAUCCUUGGCCUCACGAGGCCCAAGAGGACAAUGAUGAGCACUGUGCUCCUCAGCCAGUUGUGAUGGAAACACUCAGGGCAGCAAUUCAAUGUUUAAGUUACCUGCAGCAUUAGAGCUGCACAGACCAACACAGAACAGCUCUGAGUGUCCAGGUGAUUUACAGCUGAUCUGCAUAAUUAAUAUUUGAAUUAUAAAUGCCCCUCAAUGUUGUCAGAUGGAGCACAGUUAGUGUAUUGCAGGCACACUGAAAAUGGGUUUUAAACCACAGAAUGAUCUCAAAUGCAGUGAAUUUGCUUGUAAGGGAAAACAAAUUACAACUGCAGAGCAUAAUCUCUACAGUAACCUCAUUCCAGCUCUCAUUUCCUGGGCUAAAAUGAGAAAGAAAAGGGCCUUGUGUUCCACUUUGUGCUUCUGCAAUGGCUGUUGCUGAGGUGUUACUGCCUCUGCCUCCCUUCCCAGAGGUCUGUGCUUAUCCUUUGUGCUCCCUCCCUCUGCACAGCCCCAUCAGCACAGCCUGGUGCUUUCAGGCUGAGCUUUCUGUUCUAGCAGCACUGUAAACAUCCCAUGGCACUGACAAGCCCAGUGCAGCUUCAUUUCAGAUGAGCUGCA